AUGUCAAAUGAAGUGAAUGAUAUGAUUUUGGAUUCUACAACUAAUCAAACACAAUUGGCCUCUCAAUUUCCUGCAUAUGAUGAGGUAACAAAAAGUGCAACUGCAAAUUCCAAAGUGAUGAGACAAGCAUCUAAGACAUGGUCAGAGGUAUGGGACCACUUUACUAAAUUUGUUAAUGAGGAAGGUAAUCGUAAAGCUAGGUGUAAUUAUUGUGACAGAGAAUUUUUUGCUGAUCCUAAAAAGAAUGGAACCACCACUUUAAAGAAUCACAUGAAUUCUUGUAAAAAAGUUCCUCGUGUUAGUGGGGAUGAUGUUGAUAAUGCUAGUUCUAAUGAUGUUGCAAUUGCAUAUUUGAGGAAAAAAUUUAACAAUGCUGGAACUAGUAUUUUGGGAGGCAAAUAUCUUCAUUUGAGAUGCAUUGCACAUAUUAUUAAUCUUAUUGUUUGUGAUGGAUUGAAGGAAAUGAAUGAAACAAUUGCUCGUGUUAGAGGGGCAAUAAGAUAUGUGAGACAAUCACCUUCCAGGUUAGCUAAGUUUAAAGAGUGUAUUGUGAAUGAACAUAUUCAAAGUAAAAGUUUAUUGUGUUUUGAUGUUAGCACUAGAUGGAAUUCUACUUAUUUGAUGUUGGAUGCAGCUCAAAAGUUUGAAAGGGCAUUUGAUGCAUUUGAUGAUGUUGAUCCGUAUUAUAGAAGUGAGCUUUUGAUGGGAGAUGGGGUACCCGAUCAAAAUGAUUGGGCAAUUGUUAGGAAGUUUUGCCUUUUCUUGCAACAAUUUUAUGAUCUCACCGUGAAAGUUUUAGGUACUUCUUACGUCACAUCUAAUACUUUUUUUGAUGAUAUAUGUGAUGUUUAUUCCACUUUGCGAGAAUGGCAAUUAAAUCCUAAUGUUGAGUUGAAUGCAAUGGCAAAGAGAAUGAAGGAUAAAUAUGAUAAGUAUUGGGAAAAUAUAGAGAAGAUGAAUAUGUUGGUUUAUAUUGCUUCUCUUCUUGAUCCUUCAAAAAAGUUUCCUUUUGUUGAAUAUUGCGUCAUGAAAAUGUAUUCUUCUGAUGAAGCUUCAUUGAUGAUUAAAAAAGUACAACAAGCAAUAGAAGACUUAUUUAAUGAAUACAAAAGAAUGUUAGAACCUCAGUCUGACCAUAGGUUUCUUAUCCUUUCCCAUCUAGCUUGUGAUGUGUUAGCAAUUCUUAUAUCCACAGUUACUUCCGAAUCUGCUUUUAGCACUGGUGGUUGUGUGCUUGAUGCAUAUAGGAGCUCUUUAACUCCUAAAAUUGUGCAAGCCCUUAUUUGUGCUCAAGAUUGGUUACGUAGAUCUUCUAAUCUUGAUUCAUUUCAACCUGAAGAUGAUUUGAUACAGCUUGACAAAAUGGAUUUAGAUUUGUCAAAAAUUGCCUUAGAUCCAUUGGCUUUUUCUGCAAAGCCAACUGAUUUAGAGCUGGCUGUGUUAGUGUUGCUUGGCUCCAGAUUAUGGGUGUUUCUGAAAUCUUCCUUCUCAUUAGCAGACACAUCCCAAUUCUGCAAUGUUGGUGAAAAAUAUGUAAAUUCUGCAAUGUUGGAACAAGCUGGGUGA